UAUUGCUUGACCAUGCCUCUACUCUCUGAGGACCAUUCUGGAAUCUCCACAAUCCAGCGAACAUGAUACUUGUUCUCAUUUUUAUAUGUUUUGUCCACUCAUCUCAUGGCCUCAACUGGGCUUUGAGAAAGCUUCCAUGUGACGUGACAUUAUCCAACAGCUCUGUCAUCUUGGACUGUUCUAGUAGAUCCUUAAAAAUAAUUCCGAAAAACUUGAUCUGGAAUGUGACUGAACUGAACUUUUUUGAUAAUGAAAUAAAACACCUUACAAAGGAUGCGUUCUGGAAUCUAACUAAUGUUACACAGAUAAAUCUGAGGAAGAAUCAACUUGAAAACCGCCUUGAAAAAGACAGAGGGGUUUUUUCGGGAUUGACAAAACUGAACACUUUGCUACUUGACGAUAAUAGGAUCUCAGAGUUUCCAAAAAACCUUCCUCCUGGACUGCAAAAGCUGAGCCUGAAUUCCAACCACAUUAAGACCCUUGGACCACUAGACUUUGCAGGAAUACAGAAAAUCAGAAUUUUUACAUUAAAUAAGAACUGCUAUCAUAAUAUCAGUCAAGAACUGAUCAUUCACAAUGAAACGUUUCAACAUCUGAACCUGACUGUGCUAGAAUUAUCAAAAAAUGGGCUACAAAAAAUACCUUCUGCUUUACCCAGAUCCCUCCGCCAUCUCUCACUUCUCCUAAAUAGGAUUGAGCGCAUUGGUGCCUUUGACCUAAAGAACCUAACAAACCUGAGAGUACUUGAUUUAUCUGGAAACUGCCCUUUUUGUUUCAAUGCUCCUUUUCCAUGCACCCUCUGUAGGACAAAAAAUCGUGCCCUUCAGAUUGACUCAGAAGCUUUUAGUGGACUAUCCCAACUGCAAGACCUUCGACUGUCUGGAAAUUCUUUACAAACAAUUAACCCAUCCUGGUUUAAGAACCUUACUAUGUUAAAGUACUUGUAUCUUUCCUUUAACUCUUUGGUAAGUGAGCUUGAAAGUGGACAAUUUUUCAGUGUCUUACCACAUGUGGAGGUGGUGGAUUUCUCAUACAAUAAUCCAUCACAAAAUUUUUCCCCAAGACUGAGACUCUCAAAAGGUUUUGCUAGUUUGAAAUCAUUGCAAACACUUCACUUAGAAGGCUACAUUUUCAACAACCUUUGUGAGGAUGAUCUAAGACCUUUGUUCAGUUUGGGAAACCUUUCCGUUCUAAACUUGGGAGUUAACUUUCUCCAAUUCGUCAAUCUGUCUGUUUUUGGAAACUUUCACAAUGUAUCUUUGAUUUCCUUGAUUGACAACAGGCUAAUAUUCACAGGACCGGUUCAGAGAUGGGAGUGUGAAAGCGAGGUUAAUUCUGAGGGAGACCACCGUCAAGGCCCCUACAUUCACACAGAUCAACAGUUCCGCCGUUAUCCCCCAUUUACCAAAGCCGAGUGUCUGGCAACAGGACCAGUAUUGGACCUAAGCAGGAACAACAUCUACCACAUCAAUCCAAUUUUCUUCACUGGAGCCGAGAACAUCACCUGUCUCAAUCUGUCCUCCAACUUCAUUGGUUCAUUUUUCAAUGGAACCGAGUUCACUCACUUUCCCAAGCUAAAGUACCUUGACUUGUCUCAUAACAGGGUCUACAUGCAUUCAGAUUUAGCAUUUAAUGAAAUUAAAGAAUUAGAAAUUUUGGAUUUAAGUCACAACAAACAUUACUUUGAGGUGGCGGGUGUGAAGCACAGUCUUAUUUUCCUUAAAAACCUACAGUUCCUCAAGGUCCUCAAUCUCAGUUGGAACGAGAUAAAUACGCUGACCAACAAGACUCUGUAUAGCAACUCGCUAAAGGAGCUACAGUUCCAAGGGAAUCGAUUGGAUAUAAUGUGGAAAAAGGACCAUGGCUUCAAAAAUCUUUUUAAAUUUCUCUCAAACCUGACACACCUUGAUAUAUCAUAUAACAAGCUUUCCCAAAUACCGCCAGAUAUAUUCAGUUAUUUCCCACAGAACCUGAAAUAUCUUAGUAUAAGCAAGAACACUCUAGCCUUUUUUGACUGGGAACAACUAAAAUAUUUACCUCAAUUGGAGACUCUGGAUCUAAGCAAGAACAGACUGAAUUAUGUAGCUAAAAAACUGUCAGAGCAUACAAGUUCAUUGAGGUUUUUAGACUUGAGCCAUAAUCUGAUCUUUAGUUUGAAACACAACUUUCUAAAAGAUGACAGAAGCCUGUUGACCCUAAAUCUUGCGUUCAACCAUUUGAAGCAUGUCAGUGAUGCAUCCUUCCAAUCAGGGAGUGAUCACUACCUACACACGUUGCACCUGGAGAGAAACCCUAUCCAUUGCACUUGUGACCUUCUGGACUUCAUUCUCUGGUUAGAGAAAUGUGACACGGUCUUUCCUCGUCUAGCAACAGAGGUCCUGUGUGACCUUCCAGAAUCUAAAAGGGGGCAUCCCAUGGUAAACCUGGAUUUUAAAAAUGCCUGCAUCAACAGCAGCAUUGCCCAAAUCCUAUACAUACUCACUUCUUCCAUAAUCAUUACUGUUGUGUCCAUUACCAUCACAUUACAUGUGUACUAUUGGGACAUAUCAUAUUUCUACAAUUUCUGGAGGGCCAAAAUAAAAAGUCACAACUUGAAGGCCAGUGAUUGUACCUACGAUGCCUUUGUUAUGUACGACACCAAAGAUCCAAAUACUGCAGAAUGGGUACUGAACCACUUGAGGUUUGAGCUGGAAGAUAGAGGCAGACGGAUUCAUCCACUCUGUCUAGCAGAGAGAGACUGGACUCCUGGUACACGCAUCAUGGACAACUUGAGCCAGAGUGUACAGCGCAGCAGGAAGACAAUAUUUGUGUUGACAGAGACAUUUGUUCACAGUGGGAUUUUCAAGAUGGCGUCUUUCCUGGCACAACAAAGGCUAUUGGAAGAGGGCGUAGACGUGAUGGUGUUGGUCUUGUUAGAGCCGGUACUUCUGCAAUCUAGAAUCUUGAACUUGCGACGAUGCUUGUGUGGACACAGCGUGCUAGAGUGGCCUAGGAACCCGGCAGCGGAGGACUGGUUCUGGCAGAGCCUCAGAAAUGCUGUCAGGUUUGAGAGUCAGGGUGUGCGAAGCAAAAUGUUCACAAAUUACUUCAAUGGGCGAUGAACUGGUACAAAAUGAGACGUUUUUGUUCAGGUACUUUUGGGUUGCUAAAGCCAGGUGCGCACUGUAUGAAUUUGAACUUCCUUUACAGUUAAUGCUUGUGAGAUUGUGCGAAAUGAUCCCAGUGAGAUCUUGGGUAAUAGCCAUGGCACACUGUGCAACAUUAUGUCAGGCUGUGCAACUCACAUCAUAGCCAAAACUUUGAUCUUUGAGUGUUGACUGGGUGUUUUAUCUCAUCUAGCCAUCGUAGAUGCAGUCACACUGCAUGACAGUGAUGCAAAAUUUCUGACACUGCUUUGUAAUAGGCUAAGAUUAAUUGCAAAGGCAAUUAAUCUGUCGUCUGUGAACAUGCCACACUAAGUGAUCAAAGACUGGCAAUUUUGCCCUACAAGAGAAAUCUUUUACGAUCCCCAAAAUUUGUCUCAGAUGGAAAAAUCAUGGGCAAAAUCGUACAGUGUAAACCCUGAUUUUCUUGGUUGUGCAAGUAGACCAGCACUUAAAAGACCAGUAUUUCUGGUCACCAGCAUAUUCAGUGUUUUGGAUGCUGGUAUCUCUACCAGGCUUCUUAAUUAGCUUAAUAACAAGCCUCACUUGGUUGAUCAGCAUUUUUUGCUGGUGAACAACAUGGCUAUGCUGCUGAUCCACCAUCUAGACCAGCACCAGACCAGCUUGGACCAGCAUGGAAAUUCAAUCUGGUCUAAGCUUGUCUUAUAGCAGGGAUAUUCAUUCUUAUCUCAUUAAACCAUGUUCCGUUGUAAUGCUGCCUAACUGCUUUGACUCGUGAAAUUUUUCAACACUGUCUGAAAAGAAGAGUCACUUCACUCUUAAACUAAUUUUAUCUGCGACUUCCCAUUAGUCAGUUAUGGUGCAAUCAGUCACAUUUCUAUUCUCAGAAACCCAGACCAGGAAAUACUUAGAUGUACUUUAUCACUCUAGAGAACCACAUGGUGUGGUGAUAGAUUUUUAUCAGAGUUUAUAAUGGACUCAAAUAGUUACGAUACACAACCACAGUUAUUCCAGCUCUGUAUGUCCUUACCCUUUUUCAUCUUUUAUUCAUCAUGAAACCAGUGAUGAAAAAUUCAUGACUCUAGGCAAUGAAAUGAAUGCAAAAUGAAAACUGUGGGCGUAUAUAAAAAAGGGGUGAAAGGAAGAAUGUCUCUAUCUAGGGUGAAGUUGGCACUAGGUGCAGAUCACAGCGAGGGCAGUGGGCUCUCGAGCAACUUUCUGCUUUGUUAAUGAAGUAGAUGAACUUCUGAUGGACCUGCAUUUCAAGAACCUGGGUUGUUACAUGGUAGACUCACUCACAGAAUAAUACUGUAGAGUACUAUGAAUUUAAUUGACCAUAAUGUCUGGUCACAUGAACUAAUAUGGACCAGCCAUGUGAAGCAAUGCAAUAAUAACCUACGGCAUUUGGCUUAAACCACAAAAUGUAUAUGAAGUGUAUCAUUAUUAUUUACUUUCAUUAAUAAAUGAAUGUAUAAUCUUU